UGGGGACGACACGUGUGUGCUUUCCAAGCCUGCAGACCCCGGAUGAUCCUCGGAGCUUGCUGCAUUCUGCCCCACGGCGGUUUGGCCAACUACCCACGCACAAAAAAGUAUAUUUCCAAGUUUAACCAACUACCCACACGCUCCCAAAAUAUUCCAAGCAAAACCACCAACCUGUUAGCAAUGGCUCAAGGAGAGAUUUUCCUUUUUAAUUUUUGUGCUUCACCUUUUCUGCACUGUCUGCUUGCCUGUGGUGAGCAGGAAUGACUGCUGCAAUAUCACAAGGCAUCUUUCGACGUUAUGGAAAUGCAUAGAAUUGUUCUAGAAUGCACAAGAAUUGUAACCGGACUUUCUCCAGAAAAGAAAUGGAGUCUCACCGUGUUACCAAGGCUGGCCUUGAGCCCUGGGCUUAAGCAAUCUUCCCACCUCGACCUUCCAAAGUGCUGGAACUACAGGCAUGAACCACUGCGCCCGCCCUUGUUAAUUCUUUCAUUGCAAGGAUCCAUCACAGGUGGCUGGUGUCCCGCGAUGGCCGCAAGCGCCCUCCUGCCGUGCCCGCGCCUGUGCCCGAUGUCCCAGCAGGACUUCCUCAAGGCCUCACACUUCUCGCUGGGGCCCGACCUGCGGCUGCACGAGGGUACCAUGCACACCACGUCGCACCGGGACUUCGCCUACCCGACGGCCACCCGGGAGCCGCCGAGCCUGCAGCCGCCGCCCGCGCUGCUUUUCCCAACGGACCCGCGCUGGGACCGGGAAGAGCGCGUGUCGGAGGCGCGCCGCGCGUUCCCGCCGCCGUCGACGCCGCCGUGGGAGCUGCUGCAAGCGCAGGCGCGGGAACGCACGCUCGCCAUGCAGGCCAGCAACCUGCACCUGCACGAGGACGCGCACGCCGGGAUCGGCCUCUCCAACGCGCGCGCCGCCUACGUCUGGCCCGAGCUGCCGGCGCGCGACCGAGAGCAGAUCCGCGGCGCGCGCCUCAUCUUCGACCGCGACUCCCUACCGCCCGGCGACCGCCACAAGUUGCGCAUCCCGCCCACCACGCACCAGGCGCUCUUUCCACCCCACGACGCGCGCCCGCAGCCUCGCGCGCCCAGUCGCCACCUCGGAGGCCCCAACACCCUCAAGUGGGACUACACGAGACAAGAUGGGACUUCCUACCAAAGACAGUUCCAAGCCCUGCCAGGCCCACCUGCUUUGAUGUGUAAGAGGGCCUCCUCUACAGUGGAGCUGGGAGACUGCAAGAUCAGCUAUGGAUCGAUGUGUUCGGAGCAGAAACAGGCCUACAGGCCCCAGGGUCUGCCUGAAGAUAGGUAUGACAAGGCCCAGGCCGCAGCCCACAUCCACUAUGUAAAUAUCCGUCCUGGUGACGGCCUCUUUCACGACAGAACCACCAAGGCCGAGCACUUCUAUGCCCGGGAGCCAGAACCUUUUGUUCUUCACCACGAUCAGACUCCGGAGUCGCACAUCCUGAAAGGAAAUUGGUGCCCCGGCCCCGGCAGUCUGGACACCUUCAUGCAGUACUUCUACGGCCAGCCGCCACCCGCGACACAGCCACCCAGCCGCCACGUGCCUCACGAGAAACUGCAGAGUCACGUGACCCUAGGGGAGCCAAAGCUACUCAGACGCUUCUUCAAGACCACCAUGGGCUCUGACUACUGUCCCUCAGAGUGGAGGCCAGUGCACAAAGCGCCCAACCUCCACUUGCAGCGGAGCAACCUGCCGCAGGGGACCGGCGAAUUCGAUUUUUUAACCAUGAACCAGAAGAUGCUGAAGCCACACGGAACAGCUCCGGCCCUGGUGACUGAAGAGAUGCUACAGCGGUGCAAGUACAGUCACAUGGAGCCCCCACUGGGUGGACUGCGCUUCUUCUCAACCCAAUACAAGGAUGAAUUUCCUUUCAAGUAUCAGGGUCCAGCAGCCCUGAGACUGAAAAAUCCUCAGGAGGGCUUCGUGCCCCUGGGCACGCCUCGCCAGCACGGCUGCAGGGAGAAGAUAGACCCUCGGGCUCCCCAGCCCCCUAUGUACCCGUGCCCCAGCCAGUAAUAAAUGCCACCCUGGCAACAUUCCA